GACAUGAUGAUCAAUGACAAAACAUGACACCAACGAGCUUUACAGAUACCCAGCCUAAAACUCCAACGAGCUUUACAGAUACCACGCCUAAAACUCCAACGAGCUUUACAGAUACCCCGCCUAAAACUCCAACGAGCUUUACAGAUACCCUGCCUAAAACUCCAAAGGGCUUUACAGAUACCCAGCCUAAAACUCCAACGAGCUUUACAGAUACCCAGCCUAAAACUCCAACGAGCUUUACAGAUACCCAGCCUAAAACUCCAACGAGCAAUGCGGAGGCAGAAAUAGAGCACAACAUAGGUUCCAUCCCAAACGUCAGCCCCAUAGGCCCUGGUGGUAAGUAGCACUGUAAGAAGGAAUAUAAUAUAGUCACUGUCAUAUCUUCAUGCCCAUAUCCCAUCCUCAUCCAAUAUAGUGUUUAGGGGGGGAUCUGUUUGAGCAAGGCAAGAUGGAGAAUCCAUCAUCUUGAUCACGUAAUGAAUAUUUAUUUGGGAUGCAAGGUGAUAUGUAGAUCAGUGAUUCUGGCCAGUCAAAUGCAAUGUAAUUCCCAUAGUCUGUUCUCGACUUGGGGACUGUGACGAUACCUCUGGUGGUGCUGUGAUUCUGCUUCUGCAUUGGCUAGUCUUUGGUGUUUUUAGGGUGGUAAUCUGUAAAGCACUUUGUGACAACUGCUGAUAAAAAAAAAGGGGCUUUAUAAACUAAAAUGUGAUUGAUUUGAGUGUCUCCAGGUCUAGGCUCAGAAGAGGGCCAGCCUUUGUUCAACAUGAGCCUGGAGGCCGAGAUGAUGCUGGAGCGGCUUAAAGAGAAGCACCUCUUAGAGAUGAAUGACCUACAGGCACAGCUGGAGAGCAAGGUGAGUGAGUUUGACCAGAAGGUGGAGGAGCAGAAAGUCGACCUGGAGGCCCAGAAGGUAGCCUUGUCCCUGCAGCACCUGGAGGAGAUCCAGGCACUACGAGGGGAGAUGUCCAUCAUCCAGAACCGAGCCCUGGAGCUCCAGGCCCAACUAGAGAAUGCUGAGGAGGAGCGAGCCGGUCUAGAGCAGAGACAGGCUGGGGUGAAGGAGGAGCUGGAGCACCAGGAGGAGGAGGUGAGCAGCCUGAGACAGGAGCUCCUGGAGUCCCGCAUCCAGGUUUCUGACCUGGAGGAGCAGCUGAAAGUCCAACAAGCGAAGGCUGAGUUGGGCCUGGACACAGAGAUGCAGGAGCUGAGGAAACUUCACGCCUUGGAACUCAACAAGCUGGACGUGCAGCACGACAACAUCCUUCAGGUCAGGUUGGAAGAAGAGAAGGGGAAGCUACAGGAGGAGCUGGAGAAGGUGGAGAGGAAACUGUUAGAGGAGUGGGAGAGGGAGAAGAGGGAGUUACAGCAGAGCCACGAGGAGGCGACGAAGGCUAGGAUAGAGGAGGUGAGUUUGAAGUUCCAGGCAGAGCGAGAGGAGUUAGAGAUGCGACUCACGGAGGAGUGGGAGAGGGAGAAGGCUCAGCUGGAUGAGCAGAGUAACGAGUCGCUCCAGACCGUGUUAGAGGAGGAGAUGUUACGUCUAGUCAAGGAGCACGACGGUAGGGAGAUACGGCUCACUGAGCAGUGGGAGCUGGAACAAGUUCAGCUCAAGGAGUGUCUGGAGGAGACUCUCCUCACCCGGUUGGCGGAGGAGAAGCUGAAGCAKCAGGAGCAGCAGGAGGAGGUGGAGAGGAGGCUCAGGGAGGACUGGGACAGGGAGAGACUCCAGCUGGAGGAGGACUAUGAGGGGAUGCUCCAGGAGCAGCUGCAGGAGGACAGGGAGAGGCUUGCGGGGGAGAAGGAGGAGGUGGAGAAGAGGCUGGAGCAGAUGAUGGAGGAGGAGAAGGAGCGCCUGGAGGAGGCCCACAGACAGGCUGUGCAGGAACUGAGUGCCAAACACAGCGAGGAGAGGGAACAGCUCAGCGGUCUGCUGGAUAAACUGCGAGAGGAUAUCGCUGAGGAAAGGAAAGAACUAGAGAGCCACUUUUCCCAGAAAAUCAGGGAGGUGGAGGCCCGGUUCUCAGGCGACCAGGACGCCGUCGCAGAGCGCUUCCAAACCGACGUUUCCAACUUGGAGAAGCACUAUCAGAGCGAGCUGAAGGCACUCACCGACAACCACGCUGAGCAGAAAACCAAAUGGGAUGCGGAAAUGGAGGAAGCCCUUCAGAAAGCUGAAGAGCAGAGGCGAGUUCUGCAGGAAACCAGAGAACAAGAGCGAGAGACCAUCACCCAGGACCUGGUGAAAGAGAGGGAGCUGCUAGAGAGUGUCCGUAAGGAAGAGAUGGACGCAUUGGUCGCAAAGAACCAGGAACUCCAAAAGGAGCUGGAGAGUUUCAUCAGUUUAGCCCAGACCAAAGAGAUUGAGCUGAGUAGGCAGCUGAAUGAUCUUCACAAUAGGCUGCAGGAGAAUCUGGACACCAAAGACGAGCUUCUGGCCAAGUCUGAGAAGAAAGCCCAGGAGAUCGAGCUUCUGCUGAACCAGGCAGUGGAGGACUUCAAGCAGGAGAGGGCAGAACUUCAGGGAAACCUUUCUGAAUUAGAGGUGAGGCACUCCUUGGCUGAGAAGCAGCUUGAGGAGAGGAGUGAGCUGCUCUCAGAACAUGAUAACCAGAAGUUGAAGAUYGAAGAACUGGAGAAGCUCCUGAGACAGGCGGCGGUGGACUUUCAGUUUGAGAGGCUGGAGCUGCAAGAGAACAUCUCAGACCUGGAACUGAAGCUGAAGGAGAGUCGUCCUUCCUCUGACCUGCAGGACAAUGAGAAAGGAGAGCUUCUGGUCGAGAGAGACCAGCUUAGUAUUAGAAUUCAGGAAAUCGAGAACGAGCUCAACCGACUUCUAGACUCUGCAGACAUAACAGGGGGCAAAGAAAUGGAAGAAUCAAAUGAAGUAAAUGUAGCACCACUGGGAGAGGAACAUAUAGAGGCUGCAGCUCUUGAAGAACAAGUAUGUUCAGAAAACAUUACCGUUAGUGAUGAGACAUGUGACAAUGUUGUUCCAGAGGACUGUGAAGGCCUUGACSUAGAAUAUGUAUUCCCUAUGGAGCAGGGACCAAAUGACGAAGUUGAGAUUAUUACCGAAUCACCUCAUGAGAUGGAGAUUUCUGAGAACAUCAUUGCAGAAGUUUGCGAUCAAGAAAUAACUGUUACCUCAGACAAYCUGAAUGUUUUAGUAGCGGCAUCUGAACAAGGACAAGAUGAGGUGGAGAUGAUACCUGAAACUCCAAACAGGUUAGAGGAAUGUCCUGAAGACACCAUAACUCUUCAUCUUGAUGGGGCACGUGAUGAUGAAACUACUGUGGACGAUGGCCAAGACCCAGUGGUCGAAUCUGUCGCCGUUGAGGAGCAAGCACAAGAUGACAACGCCAGUGAGGGAAGGAUGAAUGCUGAAACUUCUGAAGACAUUGAGGUAUGUCCUGAAAACAUUAUCAGUGUUGAGGCAUGCAAUGGUGAAGUCGCUGCUAUUCCAGAAGAAUGCCAAGACCUUGUUGAGGAAUCCCAAUCGUAUGAAUGCCAAUGUCAAGCUGAGAACAACAUGGACGAAGACACUAACGAUGACAUUGUAGCAUUGUCCAUUCCAGAGGAGCAACCUCAAAGUGAUGACAUUGAUGGAGAUGUCUGUCCCUCUGAGAUGAAGUGUGAAGACUCCUCCCCUGAUAAGAUUGGACAGAAUGAUGCUAGUGUACAAGAAACUGUUUUCGAUGAUAAGCCUGAAGGGGAGGAACUUCAAGAUGAUCUGUUUAAUGAAGAAGUGGAGAGUUAUGUGUCUCUGGUUGUCUCUUCAGCCCUAGAGGAGAUAGGUCAUGACACUGACGAUACCAAAGUGGCUUGUCUUUUCGAGGAAACUCAAGAUCUCGAGAAAAAGCCUGUGGAACUGAUUCCUCAGUCAGAAGCAGUGAAGGAUCGAGAUGCCUAUAUCCAUGAGAUCCUGGAGCUCCAUGAGCAAGUCAGCCAGUUGGAGAGCGAGGCCGGUCUUCUGGCUCAGCUACAGAGCCAGUAUGACACGGCCACCGAGGAGAACCUGGCGCUACAGCAGAAGAUCUCCGAGCUUCAGCAGAAGACGGAUGCACUAGAGAGUCUUUCAGCAGAAAACGAUCCGCGAGCUUUAGAGAAAAAUGGCACCCUCAAAGCUCAGGCCAACGAGAUCAAGGUGACGUCUUCAGAUAUGACCUCGCUUCAGAUCCGAUACGAGGAGUGCGUCUGUGAAAACGCCAAGCUGGAGGAACAAAACUGUCGGCUGGAGAAGAGAGUCGUGGGCCUCGAGAGCAAGAUGCACAUCAUCCAAGACUUCCAAGAUCAGCAAGUAGCGUUGGUGGACGAGAUCACCAGGAUGAGAGAGGAGAAUUGUAAGCUGACCGAGCUAGUCAGCGAAUUAGAGAGGCAGGAUGAGAUUCUCAUGGCUCUGCAGCUGGAGGCCGAGUCCGAGGAAGACGCCACCACAGAACAAGAACAAGAGUCCUUCCUGGACCUGAACUCCCAACUGGAGGCUAAGAUACAGGUGGUGUCGGAGCUGGAGGACUGCUGCACGGAGUUCGAGAAGCAGAACGGAAAGCUCCGCAGAGCCCUAACGGACCUGCAGAACAAGUCGCUGAAGAUGCAUGAGAAGAUGCAGACCCAUAGGAAUGAGGCGGGUCGUUUAGCAGAGGAGAACCUCUUACUCAGACACAAGAUCUCCGUGCUGAAGGAAGAGGACCUGAGAGAGACCCGGGAAGAGACGCUCUUGAAACUGGAGCAUUUCAGGAAGGAGAAGAUAUCUGCACAAAAGAAAGCAGAGAGUUUCAAGAGACAGAUCUCUGAGCUGCGUCUCCGCAGUCAGCAGCUGGAGGAUGAGAACGGGCUGCUGUCGGAGAAGAACGCCCAGAAUGCAGCAGGAGUGGAGGGGUUGAGCCAGCAGCUGGGGGAACUGCUCAGACAGAGUGAGAGACAGGAGGCUGUCAGAGAUCAGCAACACUUUGUACCUGAGGAUAACAGGACCACGAUGGCAGUGUGUGCGUCUGCCCUGGAGGCGGAGCUGACCAACGCUGUGGAAGGGACUGUACUACCAGAGGAGGACAAGGCCCAGCUGGUGCUACAAAUCAACACCCUCCGCGAUAAGGUGGCUAAGAUGGGGGCUGUGGAGUGCCAGCUCUCCCUCCUUCCUGCAGGAACACAAGGCUUUUGGAGAAACAAACCCAGGGAUUACGCAAUCAGCUUGCCAAGUCUCAGGAGAGGACUCACGUGUUGGAUGAAAGUCUCCAGUCUUGUCAACCUCCAGAGCGCCCGUCUCAAGUCAGACCUCCGCGUGUCACAGCAGGAGAAGGACGCCCUCAAACAGGAGUGAUGUCACUGCACAAACAGCUGCAGAAUGCCAACGAUAAGAACCAGGUUCUGGAGAUGGCCCUGCACUCCAGCGGCUACCAGAGCCAGCAUAAGAAGCUGUACCAGGACGAGCUGGCCAGGCUGGUGG